UUAACCCCCCGCCCCUUUUCCGUUGCGGGCAUGGGGAGGGCGGAUCGCCUCUGGAUUGUGUUUUGCUGCGCCACACCGGGCGACAGCGCCCCUGAGCAUGUGCAGAGGGCGUCGUCGAUAUGGCCGAAGAAGAGCUUGACUUGCUGCUGAGCGGUAGGGGCUGGCCUAUCCCGGAGGAGUACGAUGCCGGGCCGCCGCCGCCUCUCCAGCCCGUCCGCCUGCGGAGGAACACCUGCUACGUAGUGAUGGCGGUGCUGCUGAACGAGAAGAAGGAAGUGCUGGUGAUGCAGGAGGCGAAGCUGGAGUGCCACGGGACAUGGUACCUGCCUGCAGGGCGGAUGGAGCCCGGGGAGACCAUUGUGGAGGCCAUGCAGCGGGAGGUGAAGGAGGAGACGGGCUUGCAGUGUCAGCCGCUCACCCUGCUGGCCGUCGAGGAGCGGGGCACCUCCUGGCUGCGCUUCAUCUUCCUGGCAAGACCGACUGGUGGCACCCUGAAAACCCUGCAGGAUGCAGAUGAAGAGUCGCUGCAGGCUCGGUGGUGGGACCGGAAGUCUCCUACUCUGCCACUACGAGCCCGGGAUAUUGUGCCUUUUAUGGAUCUUGCUCUGCAGUAUCAAGCCAACCCAUGCCACCCACCUACGCUGCCGGCGGAAUUGCCCUGUGCUGUGAUCUGCCAGCGGCUCCUGGCCCUGUUUACUGACAGCAGUAGUGCUCUGUGGGUGCUCCUGGGCGCGGCGAGGUCUCCACACUUGCCUGUGGUUGUGAAUGGUAUGUCUCCACCAGCACUGGGCGGUGGACUUCUGGUGGCCAUUUAUCAGCUGCUCCACCCUGGCGUGAUGGUAGAGAUCCGCGGCUUGCUUGGGCUACAGCACCUAGGCAAGGAGCCAGGCCAAAGCGAUGGCAUCUGCUUCAAUGUAGUAGUGACAAUUGGGGGCACUGGCCAGUGCUCAAAGGAGAAACCGCCAGAAUUGAAGAGCAAGGCCUUCCGCUGGUGGAAGGUUGAGGAUGAGGACCUAAAGAGCAGAGUCCUUCAGAGGCUCAGCACAUCAUCCUUUAUCCCACUUCACAGCUAGGCCCCCUACUCACUGGUGCC